GAUCCUCUUCUCUCUCUUCUCCCUCCUCUCAUCUCCCCCUCCCUUUGCCCUCCUCCCUUCCUCCUCCCUUUAAUUACACCCCUUUGCAAUGACGCCCAACGAUGAAAGGACUCCUCUGCUCGCCGAGCCCCCGGCAUCUCGCAUCGACAAGCAUGUCCCUCCAACCGACGAGGAAGCACGGAUUAAAGAUUCCGCGGCCCCGUCAACCGCACCCGACGGUCCAAAGAUCCCUGGCGUGAAAUUGAAGCUCAUCCUUCCCGCCAUGGCAAUCGGGGUUCGUUUUGCUUUUUCGCUUGUUCCCGGGCAAGUUUCAGGGCUGCCACAGGGUCCCCGUAUUUUUCUUUUUUGCCUGACCAACGGCCCGUGUGUCUUAGGUUUUCCUAGCCGCCAUGGAUAACACCAUCAUUGUGAGUUCGUACGGAGCCAUCGGAAGCGAUAUGAAGGAGUUGAAUAAGACUUCUUGGAUUGCCACGGCGUGUGUACCUCCCUUUACCGGACCAAGGGCAGCCGGUGAUAAGGGGCUGAUUGUUCGCUUGGUGAUCCAGAUAUUUGCUUACCACCACGAGCUUUCAACCGCUGUACGGAAAAUUGAGUGAUAUUUUCGGACGUAAACCCGUCUUGUUGUUUUCUUAUGCCGUUUUCGGAAUCGGAUGUUUGUGCUGUGGUCUUGCAAGGUCCAUGGAGGAGUUGAUUGCUGCAAGAGUAUGUUCCUCUGGAGUUUUUAUCUUGCCGCACGCUGUGCUCAUCCUUUGCUCGCGUAGGCCUUCACAGGUGUCGGCGGAGGCGGUAUGACGACCGUGGUUUCCAUAUUACUGAGCGACAUAGUACCCUUAAGGUCCCGGGGAACUUUUCAGGGCAUUAUAAAUCUCGUUUUCGCAACCGGGGCUGCAAUUGGUGCCCCGUUGGGUUGGUUUCUCCCUGCCGAGUGAUGAUUGGGCAAAGCUGAUAGGAUUAAUGAAAGGCGGGAUCAUGGCGGACAGCGUUGGCUGGAGAUGGUAAGAAUCUGUCGUAGCGCCGAAUCCUGUUCCCCAGUACACGGGCUAACGUUCUACGAUAUUAAGGUCAUUCCUGGGCCAGUUCCCCGCCGCGGUGCUUGCUAUCCUCGUCGUCUCGGUGGCGCUGCAUCUUCCCCCCUCCGCCCUUCCUCAAAAGGCAAAUUUCAAGGAUCAGCUGAAGCGCAUUGACUUCCUGGGAGCCGGUGUCCUCGUGCUCGCGGUGUUCGCCCUCCUCUUUGGCCUGGACCGAGGUGGAAAUCUCUCACUCAGGGAUCCAUACGCUAUCAUCUCGUUGUGCACCUCCUUGGUACUAUUCGCUCUGUUUAGUCUUGUAGAGGCCAAGAUCGCCGCCGAGCCAUUCGCUCCGCUACACAUUGUCCAAAGAAGAACCAUUCUGAGUGCCUGCCUGGCAUACUUCUUCUCCUACUCGGGGUACAUGGCAAUACUCUUCUACCUACCCCUAUACUAUCAAGCCGUGUCCUCCCUCGCCGCCGGCGCUGCCGGCCUCCGACUGGUCCCCACAAUUGUAGGCGGUGUGUGCGGCUCGCUCUUUGGCGGAAUCAUAAUGCAAAAGACGGGAAAGUACUACUACCUAACAGUCCUUUCAUACGCCCUCUUCUUCUUCGGCACCAUUCCGGUGUUCCUGGCUACGGGGAUACUAGGGAACUCGACGCCAGCUAUCACCACCGGUAUCGUGUGCAUGGGAUUCGGAAAUGGGGUUGGUGUUACAAGUGCUCUCAUUGCAUUGAUUGCCGCGGCUGGACAUGAAGAGCAGGCGGUUGCCACUGCUAUGGGUUAUCUGUUUAGAACUCUCGGCCAGGUUACGGGCGUGAGCGUUAGUUCUAUGCUUGUGCAAGGGAGUCUGAGAGCAGAGUUGACAAGGGCUCUUGAUGGGGCUGAUGCUGAUGAGGUAUGAACCCCCCACCCACCACUACCCGAUGCUAAGUUUUGCAUAACAGAUCGUCCGUAAAGUCCGCUCAUCCCUCAGCACAAUCGACACCCUCACACCAGCCACUAGAGCACUUGUCCUGGGGGCGUAUCAAAAUGCGUUGCAUUGGGUAUUUUCUCCCUUCGCUUGCUUUCCGGGUGUGCUGACUGUGUAUAGGCGUUCCUACUAGGCAUAGUACUCGCAUUUUUCUCGGUACUCUCAAGUGCCUUUAUUAGAGAGAGGGCUUUAGGCCGAUAGGGGAGUGAAUAGGUUUGCAUAUCACAUGUGGAGUUGGGUGGCCUUUUUUUUUAUCCCCUCUUUUCAAAACGGUUUCUGUCAUUGUAGUUUUCGUUGUUUCCAUUCACCAUCUUUGUUCAUUCUACUGCAUAAAUCUUGGCAAGCUGGCACGCGGUGGGUGCGGUCGGAUGUCUCCCUCCUCGAGGGCCAGCAUCUUGCAAAGCAAGUAGGAAAGUGGACGGAGAGGAUUUUGGGUGCACCAAGCUUUACCUGGACAAGAAAGGUGCAUCAUAGAAUUAUCAAGAGAGAAAAAUAUAAGGACAACGCCUCCCACUGACCCCAAGUGGAAAUCGACCAUGAUAUGUUGGGUCUUUCCCUUCUUUUCCACACUGAAACUAGAGUUCCCGGUCUUGGCGAAGAUUCUGCGAUGGGGAUCUGACUAGGUUUCGCAUACCGUUACCGAGUGAUUCACUUCUCCUGACCAUCGUUCCCGGUCCGAUAACUUAACUCGUGUUCCUGGGGCUUUUCUCCUGGUUUCCUUGCUUCCAUUUACCGGUAUAGCAAAAUAUACAGUACCGAUAUUUAAAGCCUAGAGGGGAUGACCACAGUUCUGAACCGGUGGGUGGGAUCACAACUUGUCACUCGGGACACACCCUCCUUCUCUGCAUUCCUGGAGCAUAAAAUCUUU